AUGAACCUCGGCAACCUUGCCUUCGCGACACGCCACGAGCGGACGCCGGAGGAGAAGAAACUUGUCAGACGACUGGACAUCUUCUUGAUGACAUUCGGAUGUGUUUCUCAAGUGAUCAAGUACCUCGACCAAACCAACAUCAGCAAUGCCUAUGUCUCCGGCAUGAAAGAGGAUCUCAACCUCUACGGGAAUGAGUUGAACUACUUCACAACGUACUUCAAUGUCGCGUACUGCAUCAUGCUCAUACCCUCUCAAAUCAUUCUGACGUACGUUCGCCCGAGCUACUGGCUCUCUGGACUCGAAGUCUGCUGGGGCAUUAUCACAGGCAUGUUCGCCCUCGUCAAAAACGCGCAGCAGGUGUACGCGCUCCGCGUCCUCCUCGGUCUCUGCGAAAGUAGCGCUUGGCCGGGUAUGAUGACGCUGUUGAUGUACUGGUACACACCGUCGGAGCUCGCCAAGCGUAUGGGGUUCUACCACUCGUGCCAAGCUGUCGGGUCGAUGAUGUCGGGUGCACUGCAGGUUGCGAUUCGGAGCUCCAUGCAUGGACUACACGGAAUGCCCGGCUGGCGCUGGUUGUUCAUCGUCAACGCCAUCAUGACCGUUGUUGUGGGUGCUCUGGGUUUUGUGUUGCUGCCCGAUACUCCCAACGAUCCCAACCCGCGAGCGUUCUGGUUCAAGAAGGAACACGCCCAGCUUGCCAUGGAGCGACUGGAACGUCACGGCAAGGCAGAGCCAAAGAAGAUGACCUGGGUUGCGGCCAAGCGCGCAUUCAAGAGUUGGGUCAUUUACUUCGUCCCCGUCUUGUACAUUGCCACUGUACUCGAGACUUACGGCAACAACUACUUCAACCUGUUCCUGAAGAGCUUGAAGAACCCCGACGGAAGCCCCAAAUGGACGACGUCAGAGGUCAACGCUAUCCCCAUCGGCGGAAGCGCGAUCAAUGUAGUCUUUGUCUGGAUCUGGGCCAUUCUGUCUGAUCUCUUCAUGGCGCGGUGGACCUUGAUCGUCGCCCAGGCUGUGAUCGGUCUCGUCAUCUGUAUCGCCAUGAGCGUCUGGGCCUCACACCCCACCACGACGCCUCUUGCAGUGGCAUACGCAGCCAACUUUAUCAUUUUCACCGCCAUGGGAACCGCGCCUCUGAUAUUUGCGUGGCUAGCCGACAUUCUGCCUCAUGACCCCGAGGCGAGAACACUGAUCGUCGGUGUAUCUAUUGCAGGCUACUACGCUAUCUCGGCUUGGUCACAGGUUCUAGUCUGGCCAGCGACUCAGGCGCCAUAUUACAAAUACGCGUGGCAGUCAGCAAUUGCCAUCGGCGUGCUCGUCAUCGUCAUGACUUGUGUGCUUCGCUAUAUCGAUGUCAAACACCUAAAACCAAAGAGGGAGCAAUACAGAGCUACAGUGAUCGAAGCGGCGGAGGAGCUCCCCCGCGACUCCAUCGACCGAAAAGUGAAGUCAUCCGCCGUAGCGCCGGAAGUCUAG